AUGCGCUUUGGUCUCACUCGAUCGCCUUCGCCUUCGCCUGUGCGCCAGUCUAAGAGAAGCUCGACAUUCGGUCUUCAGUCCGACUCCGAGAGCUCUUCUGAAGAGAACCACGAUGCUACCGAGUCUGACACCGAGUCCUCCUUGAGCUCGUCCUCGUCGGAUUCGUUCUGUUACCGAGACGAGUCGGAGAUACCUCUUCCACCCCCGAGACCACGGCGCGAAUUCUCGUCCCCUGCAGAGCAACGCUACGUUGAAGAAACGCUUGCCUCUAUACGACUGUCCAUACGCCAUCAUGACCCGUACGAGGAGUGGGAGAAGCAGACGCGCAAGGAUGCAUUCCGCACAGCUCGCAGGGAGCAACGCGACGCCCAGUCCGAGCACCGCGCGCGACAUUCUCAGCGUCAUGCGCAGGAAAUUGCCCGGCUCAACCGAGUUCACGAAGCCCAGCUUGCCGACGUGCAGCGCCAGCUCGCUACGCUGCAGAUGAAGCAGCAGUCGGACAUCGACAAAUACGUGCAACAAUGGAAGGAGCGCGACCGGAAGCAACGCGACCGCAUUGAGAGCACUAUCAAGAAAGAGGAGGACAGCCUGCGCGCGCGACUGGAAGCUGAGCAUCGUGCCCGCGAGGAAGAAGAGCGCAAACAGAAGGAGGCCGAAGAGAAGCAGAGGGCGGAGGAGGAAAAGAAGCGCCAGGAAGAUGAAGCGAAGAGGAAGAAGCAACAGGAGGACGACGCUGAAGCGAAGCGCUUGGACGAGAUUGAGCAGAAGAGGAAGGAGCAGCUUCAGGCUGAGGAAGCAGGCCGAAGGCAGAUGGGUGUGACGACUGCUGAGGACGACUGGUCUGAGGCCCGCAAGGUUCUCAAGAACCUCAAAGCUGGUCCUAUGAAGACCGUGAAGGGUACCAAAGAACUCAAGUCACAAUGGAGCGCUAUCAGACGUCAGAUUACACCAAAGAUUGGCCAGCUCACCCAGGACUCCGAGUCUGUUAACCGCAUCACGACCCAAAUCACCGCGCUCAUUCAGCCCAUGAGCCCCCUCCCGGAGCCAAUCUACCUCGCUUCUCUCUCGUCGCUCUCCAAAGCCAUCCUGCUGCAAGCCGAAACAGAAGUAACAGCUGAAAAACGGUCCGCCAUCCCCCUCGCGCUCGUCACCUCACACUUCCUCGCCACCCUCCCGCAUUUCCCCGACGUCUUCUUCGCCAAACUCGUACAGCGCGCCGGCGGGUGGCCCAUCCCCUCCGCCGUCCCCUCCAGAGACGCGGACGGCACCCCCUGGGCGGGCGAGGACGCACGCACCAAGGCGAUGGGGUACCGCAACAGCGGCGCCAACGGCGAGCGCGAGACGGCGGGCGAGUACGUGACGCGCGUGGCGGGCCUCAUGCGUGUGUAUUUCCUCGUUAUGGUGGCUCCGACGCCGCCCGACCGUGCGCCGCCGCCGCGGAUGUAUCAGCUUCCGCGGUUCUGGGCGUAUUUUGCGCGCAUGCUGGGGCAGCCGAGGUUGCUUGAGACGGCUGUGGCUGCGCAGGUUUUACAUGUGGCACUCGACGUCGGUGGCGCGGAGGCGGUCAACGUCUGGGGCGCGCAGUGGGUCAAGCUGCUCGAGCUCCUGUACGAAGGCGCCACGAAGGGCAUCGCGGGCGCAGGCGAGCGCCUGAUCGGCGGGCAGAGCGCUGAAGGGAAGGCCGCGCGGGUGCGUGUGCAGCUCGACGUUGAGCGCAUUAUGCAGGCCAUCCAGGGAUAA